UAUUUGCCAAAGCGGCAUAAACAACGUCCGGCUUUAAUGGUGGCCCAAUAAAGGCAUAUUGCGUCUCAUGGGUCGUUUCUGUCAUGGGGAGAGCACGGAGGUUGGCGAUGUAACCACAACUCUAUGAGCUCUCCCAAAGAAGCUGGCUGGCACUAUUUUCCUGUCACAGUGGAGCUAUCAACACACAGGAAGUUCAAAGUCCUUUUGGGAGCAAAGUCCGAACAACAAGCAUCAUGCUGUUACUGCAGCUCAGGCUCCACUGGAGGAGAAAACUUGAGAGAGAAGAAGCAGAAGAAAAACGUCCUCUUUCGUGCCCCCCUUUCGGCCCUGUGGGAACCAGCAGGAACGCCCCUGGAUUAAGUCCCCGCCUUUAAACUCAAAUAAGUGGGAAACUUCAAAGGACGUCGGGCGCCGUAGCUCCGCCCCCCCGCGGCUCCACAAAGGUUUUGCCUACGUUCGGGAAUUCCGCCUCCACUUCCUUUUAUAGCGCCACUCGUGCGCUGGCACAGCGCCAAGGCCACGCCCACCGCGGCUACUUUCCCAACACAAAGGACUCCGUGAAACUCACAAGCUCCGCCCCCCUCGCCAAAUAAGGACAGGCGGCCCAUGUAGGGCAAACAAUCGGCGCCAGAUUGCUCUUUCUCUUCCUCAUCCAGUUUAUAUGAUCGGAGCGGCUCGGCGAGGCAGGUCGGAAGCGGUGCGAACAUGGCCGAGCGAGUCCAGCAGCCUCCAGCCAAGCGGCUCUGCUGCCGGCCCGGCUACAACCCGGCGUGCAGACAGGGGCAGCGGGCUGGAGGAGUCCUGUGUGGCGGCGGCUCGGGCUCCGGCUCCGCUCCGGGAGGGUCGGGGCAAAGCGGCAAGGCGCACAACCCGGAGUCGCUGCUCGACAUCGCGGCGCGCAGGGUAGCCGAGAAGUGGCCCUUCCAGCGGGUGGAGGAGCGCUUCGAAAGGAUCCCGGAGCCCGUCCAGCGCCGGAUCGUAUACUGGUCGUUUCCGAGGAGCGAGAAGGAGAUCUGUAUGUACUCGUCUUUCAACGCCGGGGCCGAGGAGAGUGGAACUAGCGGGGACAAUAACGACGAGACCCAGCUGCCUUUCCUGCGAGGUGUCACUCUGCUGGAGGGCGGCUGGGUGGACAACGUACUGCAAGUCGGUUUCCACCUAAGUGGCACAGUAACGGACCCCGCCACUCCUUCCACCCCAGAACUCGUAUGCAGCGUCAGCGUCAGCUUCGACCGCUGCAAGAUCACGGCAGUAACGUGCACGUGCGGCAACAAGGACAUCUUCUACUGCGCUCACGUGGUGGCGCUGUCGCUUUACCGAGUGCGCAAACCCGAGCAGGUCAAACUGCACCUGCCCAUUUCGGAAACCUUGUUCCAGAUGAGCAGGGACCAGCUGCAGAAGUUCGUACAGUAUCUAAUUUCGGUUCACCACACCGAAGUGUUGCCUACCGCGCAGAAACUGGCGGACGAGAUCCUGUCGCAAAACUCUGAGAUCAACCAAGUUCAUGGUGCCCCGGACCCUACUGCAGGCGCCAGCGUGGAUGAUGAGAACUGCUGGCAUUUGGAUGAGGAGCAGGUUCAGGAGCAAGUCAAACUCUUCUUGUCCCAGGGAGGAUACCACGGCUCAGGCAAGCAGCUCAACCUGCUAUUCAGCAAGGUGCGAGAGAUGCUGAAGAUGCGUGACUCCAACGGAGCGAGGAUGUUAACACUUAUCACAGAACAAUUCAUGGCCGACCCUCGGCUGGCGCUGUGGAGACAGCAAGGCACCACCAUGACAGACAAGUACAGACAGCUCUGGGACGAGCUGGGCGCCCUGUGGAUGUGCAUCGUACUGAACCCGCAUUGCAAGGCCGAGCAGAAGAUGUCGUGGCUGCGGCAGCUGCGCCGCUGGAACAGUGUGGACGUGUGCCCUUGGGAGGAUGGAAACCACGGCAACGAGCUGCCCAACCUCACCCACUCGCUGCCUCAGGGUGCCCAUGGCAACCAAGACAUGCGACCCCACAGGACUGUGUUCACGCGGGCCAUCGAGGCCUGUGACCUGCACUGGCAGGACCGGCACCUGCAGCACAUAAUAGCCAGUGACCUCUAUGCCAACUACUGUUACCAUGACAACCAGGAGGGCUCACUCUUCGACUCGCGCGGCUGGCCCUUGUGGCAUGAGCACGUCCCCACAGCCUGCGCCAGGGUGGAUGCGCUGCGUUCCCACGGUUACCCCCGAGAAGCCCUCCGACUGGCCAUCGCCGUGGUGAACACGUUACGGCGGCAACAGCAGCGGCAACUUGAGCACUUCCGCCGACACAAGAAGGAGUUGCUCCACAAGGGCCACACUUCCAUUACCAACAUGGAGGGCUGGGUGGGACACCCCUUGGACCCCAUCGGCACUCUCUUCAGCACCCUGACCGAGUCGGGACGAGGAGGAGAAGAGGGAUCCAACAUCUGCUUGGACCUCUCAGGUAACACUGACCACUGCUCCAGUGUGGUGACUCGAGCGGACCUCCAGCGAAUGCCCGUGCAGAGACUGCUGGGCGAUGGCGAGUCGUACGUGGCGCUGGCGGUCGAGACGGCUCUGAUUGGCCUGGGCCAGCAGCGGGUGAUGCCGGACGGGCUGUACGCUCAGGAGAAGGUGUGUCGCAACGAGGAGCAGCUGUUGGCCAAGCUUCAGGAGGUGGAGCUGGACGACCUGCUGGUGAAGAUCUUCCGCAAGCAAGCCGUUUUUCUGCUGGAAGCCGGUCCGUACUCUGGUCUUGGGGAGAUCGUCCAAAGAGAGAGUGUUCCCAUGCACACCUUCGCCCGCUAUCUCUUCACCUCCCUCCUACCUCAUGACGCUGAACUGGCGUACAAAAUUGCACUGAGAGCCAUGCGGUUGCCCGUGUUGGAGUCGACGGCGUCAUCCGGCGACCUGUCAAGGCCUCACCACAUUGUGUCGGUGGUGCCCAACCGCUACCCGCGCUGGUUCACCCUCAGCCACAUCGAGUCUCAGCAGUGUGAGCUGGCCUCCACCAUGCUCACUGCGGCCAAAGGUGACAGUCGCAGGCUGGAGACGGUGCUGGAGUCCAUUCAGAAAAACAUCCACUCCUCGUCUCACAUCUUCAAACUGGCGCAGGACGCGUUCAAGAUCGCCACUCUGAUGGACAGCCUGCCUGACAUCACGCUGCUAAAAGUCGCCCUGGAGCUCGGACUGCAGGUGAUGAGAAUAACUCUGUCCACGUUAAACUGGAGGCGACGGGAAAUGGUGCGCUGGUUAGUCACAUGUGCCACUGAAGUUGGCGUGUACGCGCUGGACAGCAUCAUGCAGAGCUGGUUCACCCUCUUCACCCCCACUGAGGCCACCAGCAUUGUGGCGACCACGGUCAUGUCCAACAGCACCAUCGUGCGCCUGCACCUGGACUGCCACCAGCAGGAGAACCUGGCCUCGUCGGCCCGCACCCUGGCCCUGCAGUGCGCCAUGAAGGACCCCCAGAACUGCGCGCUGUCGGCCCUCACCCUCUGCGAAAAGGACCACAUUGCCUUCGAGACAGCCUACCAGAUUGUACUGGACGCCGCCGCCACGGGGAUGAGCUACACGCAGCUGUUCACCAUCGCCCGCUACAUGGAGCACCGCGGCUACCCGAUGCGGGCGUACAAGCUGGCGACGCUGGCCAUGGCCCACCUGAACCUCAGCUACAACCAGGACACGCACCCCGCCAUCAACGACGUGCUUUGGGCGUGCGCCCUCAGCCACUCGCUGGGCAAGAACGAGCUGGCCGCCGUCAUCCCCCUGGUGGUGAAAAGCGUCAAGUGCGCCACGGUGCUCUCGGACAUUUUGCGGCGGUGCACGCUGACCACGCCGGGCAUGGUGUCGGCGCUGCACAGCCGCAGGAACUCCGGCAAGCUGAUGUCGCUGGACAAGGCGCCGCUCAGGCAGCUGCUGGACGCCACCAUCGGGGCCUACAUCAACACCACGCACUCGCGCCUCACGCACAUCAGCCCGCGCCACUACAGCGAGUUCAUCGAGUUCCUGGGCAAGGCGCGCGAGACGUUCAUGAUGGCGCACGACGGACACAUCCAGUUCACGCAGUUCAUAGACAACCUGAAACAGAUCUACAAGGGCAAAAAGAAACUAAUGAUGCUGGUCAGGGAGCGCUUCGGCUGAGCUCGCACUCCUACUUUUUUGUUUUUUUUAUCAAGUCUGCCUUUUCAACUUCCUUUGGACUACUCGUAAAAAGAGGACGUAGAAAGAAAAAAAAAAAAACUCAACAAAGCCACACGCGGUAUUAUUGUUCUUGCUGUUGUUAUGGUUACAAACAUUAUUACUAUUAUUAUUAAUAAUAAUAAUAAUAUUACUACUAUGUGUACAGAAGUGUUUUUAUUUUUCACAAGAGAGGAAAUUGGUCACGUUGUGAAUGUUGUGCGUACUUCUCUACACGUGUAUGAAAGGAAAAUUGACUUUUUUUUUGUGAUUGAAACAUCUUUUUCUGUCUGUGUGUGGCUGAAGGCCUCGUAACAAGCAGCGCUCAUGUUCAAAACAACAACAAAACUGCAUCUUUUGAAGAGAAAACUUAAAGGCUUUAAAAACAGAGCAACCUCCCCCGUUUGGCCCUUGGGGUCCCACCAGGGGGCGCCAGACAGCACUGCACAGCUUAGCUAGGCCCCGAAAGCCAUCGUCAGCAAUUUUUUUUUUUUCCCGGACAGCAGCACUUGAACAGCCAUUAAUUAGCUCUUAGAACCAACACACACACACGACAAUGCUCUUCGUAACCACCUGUAAUAAUGUGACGCAUGCAGCUACCUACAGUCAUUACAUCUUAUAGUAUACACUCACUGGACACACUAUUAGGUACACCAGCAAUACAGAUCGGCCUUGACAAAGAUAUAUGCUCAGUUUUGAUUGACAGUCAGAUGUAUUUAUUCAACCUUGUUAGAAGCCAAAAUUCACAAGUGUUUUAGGAUGUCUGAAAGCAUAAUUUGUAUUAUUUGUUAUUACUAACAGAAUUUGGAUGUCCAUGCCUGUCAUCAAACUGUGACAAUGCAUGACAUGAACCCAAAAAACGCCCCCUAGUGGCUGUGAGCAGCAUAGCGGGUGACUGUAUUUUUAAUGUCCUGCAAGUUCAGUAUUUUGGUAACCAAGCAGUGUUUUGGCAAAGAUAUGUAUUAAGUCACAUGCACAUUUGGUGCUUUAACUACAAUUGCGGUCGCUGUUUAUUCAAAUUUUGAAAUAAAAAUAUAGAAGUUAGUACUGUUAAAUGAUAAUUUUUAAAUCAAAUGAAUCCUACUUUUGAUUGCACAGGUUAUUUAACUUAAAAAAGACACACAUGCAGUUGUAUUGUCAGAAUAUCAUCCAGGAACAAUUUAAAAAAAAAAGUUUUCCUUUAAGAAUGUCAUUUAUUUGUUCAAACUUGGUUACUGUUUUAUCUAAAGUCCAGUCGGGGUGCAUUUUGUAGUGAAAUAUGUCAGCCAGCAGACUUUUGCCUUAAUCUGACCACUGAG